AUGACACCUGGAUUUCAAAAACAACAAGAAAAGAUGGAUGUUGCUGCAAUUAUUAUACAUCUCAAGGAGCUAUUUCAAGAACAAGCUUGUCACGAGAGACUUGAGAUUGGAAAACAAGCAGGCGAUGACUCCUUUAUUAGUGAAGGUUCUGAUGCUUGGAAUAAAAAAGAUAGAUUGGAUAUUCAUGUUAAUGAUACUAGUGCUUCUUGCGAUAUAUCUGUGAAAGAGCAAAAGAUUGUUUUGUUACGUUAUGUUGACAAUAAAGGACAUGUAGUUGAGAGAUUUCUUGGCAUUAUUCAUGUUAAUGAUUCAAAGGCUUCUUCUCUUAAGCUGUCAAUUGAUUUAUUAUUUUCCAAGCAUGGAUUAAGUAUAUCAAGGGUAAGAGAGCAAGGUUAUUAUAGAGCUAGUAACAUGAGAGGUGAGUUUAGUGGGUUAAAAAGUUUGAUCAUGAGGGAGAAUGAAUCAACAUAUUAUAUUCAUUGUUUUGCUCAUCAACUUCAAAUUACUCUUGUUACUAUUGCAAAAAACGAUGUUCAAGUAAGAAGUAUUUUUAACAUGUUAGUUGAUCUAGUAAAGGUUGUUGGAGCUUUUUGUAAGUGGCGAGAUAUCUUUCGAGAAUGUCAAGUUGCUCAUGUCUCUGAAGCAUAUGCAAAUGGUAAACUUACAAGUGGACGUGGACUGAAUCAAGAAGCUAUGCUUAAAAGAGCAGGAGAUACACGUUGGGGUUUACACUAUGGUACGCUUGCAUCUUUGAUUGUUAUGUUUCCAUCCGUGGUAGAUGUUCUUGAUUAUGUUGUUGAUGAUGGUUUAGAUCCUAAACAAAGAGCUCAAGCUUCUACUUUGUUAAAGUUUAUAUAG